AUGGGCAAUCAAGGGCUAACGCUCGUCGAUACCAACGGCGACGACUUGGAACCAGAGCAGGCCAGACGACAACUAAGACAAAUGCUACACGAUAGAUGGAGCAAAGCCGAUACUGCACGAAUACCACCAAAGAGGGAAUCGAGGGUCUACCUCGACCAACCCCCCCAUACCGAGGAGAUCGUUGCCGCCAUUAAAGCUAUUAACAAGAAAGCCGCCACUGGACUUGACGGAAUACCUGCAAAGCAUGUCCACCAUAUACCGACUGACGAUCUUGAACAAUUCAUCCACCUAGUGUGGACGGAUACACGGCUGCCACGCCAGUUGGUUGACAUGAAGGUGAAGCCGAUACCAAAACUACUACCACGGACCACUGUGGAGAAUACCAGGCCCAUUACCAUACCAUCGACUAUAAUGAAGAUCAUCAACCAAGUCAUACUACAACACAUUACACCAUACAUCGAACUACACCUACUGCCACAACAACACGCUUACCGAAGAGGAAAAGGAACUGGUACCGCGGUAACCGAACUCUUCGCUAAAUUCAACAGACCUGGACAGACACUACUGCUGCUAGACUUGUCGAAGGCUUUCGACACCGUUGACCACACUGCCCUCUUCGCAGCCCUAAGAGCCACCAACAUACCCAGCAAAGAGUACAACUUAAUACGCGAUCAAUACAUCGAUGCUGAGGUACGAAUACAGUGGGCCAAACGCUACACCACACCCUUCCCGUUGACGAACGGCAUCAGGCAAGGAUGCACUCUCAGCGCUACGCUAUUUAAUCUGGUAGAAGCUGAGAGAGAAAAGAAAUGUCGACGCAAGAUGCACACUAUACCUUACGAAGUUAUAAUGUAUGCGGACGAUAAGGCGGUGAUACUGGAGGACGACACCCACAUACAGAGAAUGCUAGACACCAAUGCCCAAACUGCAAGCGAGUAUGGAAUGCUACAGAAUAAUAGUAAAACAGCACGACUGAAACUAGACAAGGACACCAAGGAGAUACACACUGUUAAGUGGAUGGGGAUCCUGCUUGACAAUAAGCUAAGCAUGAACCAGGAGGUCGAAGCAAGGAUAGAGAAGGCGAAGAAGGCAGCAAAAGACUAUACUGAAGCUAUCAGGAAUAUUCCAUCUUCUAUGAUCAAUGCCGCAGUCAAGGUACGAGGAGCAUGUACGAUUAUACUACCGCACCUUGUCUAUCUGUGGAGGGAGAUUCCCUUCACGCCAACUCAGAGAAACACCCUAACUGACACAGCCACACAAUUACUCGCAAAGGUUUUCAGCAACACCAGUGGUGUGACUGCCACUGCCAUACAACGACAUGUACACGAAAUAACUAAAGGACUAACACCAAGAUUCAAAGAGAUGGCGACCCUUGACCACCUGAUGCCAAAGCAACUGACAGAAGAUGUAGCUAUAAAUACUGAAGCACAACAAGACGGGGUCAAAGGAACUGACAUCUUAUAUGCCCACUCCGACCUGAGGAUAGAUACCCUCCCUGACAAGGGCCCCACUGAAUUAAAGACACGAAUACCCAGACUACAGUUACCGAACCGAGACACAGAGACUAACUUCUUUAGCCCUAGAGAAGAACCGCACUAUGAAGAAACCAGAGAUGUCUUUACCACUGCACUGGAAACCUCACCACCCACACCAGGGUUUGGUCAGGACAAACACUACCCCAACUCCGAAACAAUGGCACUGCGCCUCAAUACUAUCCAAGGGGUUGAGACUGUACAACUAACCUGCCCUUAUUGUGGCAUAACCAAAACCACCAAACAAGCCACCAGGGCACACUAUACAACCACCCACCCUGGAAUGUACAGACCACCGCCGGAUGACCCUUGUUACUGUGCGGCGUGCAGGAGAGUCAUGACUAAGACAUACUUCCGAGAUCACCGCUGUAGGAAACCACACAAGAAUGAAUUUGACUCUAUAGAAUGCCCAGGCUGCCAAAAUCACUACGAGAACCCUGAACUGUCUGCACACAUGAUUCACUGUGUCCGAUUGGAAGGGGUUCUAACCCCCUCUAAGCCGAACACGGGGGCUUUUGAAUUUGCCAAGAAACUACGAGACCUGCUGAAACCGACAACUGCUAAGAAAGCAACCUCCCCAACCCAAAUAACCAUCCCAGGACAGACCAUUGAACAGGCGAGACAGAGCCUGCGACCACAUACGCCGAGGAAACCGGAACAAAGUAACGGAGACUUUAAGCGGAUACCACCUAUACCGAAAGCAAAAGACCACCCAGAAAUCACCACCAAGGAGUUGGUGCAGGAAAUGAGGACAAAUACAGAAGAAGCUAUAAGGACUGAGCAAUCAACCUGCAGACAAUGCAAUAAGGAGUUGAAAUCCAACCAAGCGUUAAGGCGACAUGAAGCCUUAUACCACCCAGGGACGACCAGGCCAAAAGGACUACCAGCACACUGUAUCGGAUGCAACGCUACUUUUAAGACUGCUACCACCUACGUUAAACACAAAUGCCCAGGACCUCUUAACCAGGAACUAGCCGCGAAGAAAUGCCCCCUCUGUGACUCGGAGCCAAUAACUAACCCGGACUAUUCGGUUCAUCUACUGAGACAUCAGGUUUUGAAGAAUGACGGAACAACUACACCAAGGGAUCUAUAUGAUCCACAAUAG